UUUUUAAAUAUGAGUCAACCACCUUAGGCAUCAUAGUAAUAAUAGCAAAAAGCCAACACCUUCAACAAAUCAGAAAAAACCAAAGACAUCAGAUUGACGAAUAUCCAAGCUGCCAAAGGUAAUAUCUUAACCUCUAUGUCAAGCUGUAUCGGAUGCAGUAAGAACCAGUUUGGGACCAAGAGGAAUGGAUAAAAUGAUCUAAGAUGCCAAAGGUCAAGUGCUCAUUACAAAUGAUGGAGCCACCAUACUCAAAUAAAUGGAUUUGGUACAUCCCACUGCAAAAAUGGUAAUCCAUUCAUUAUUACAAAAGUUAGUUGAAAUUUCUCAUGCUCAAGAUGUUGAGGCUGGAGAUGGCACCACUUCAGUAGUAGUUUUCGCAGGAGCCUUAUUGAAGUCAUGUGAAGUACUCUUAGAGAAGGGAAUACAUCCAACCACUAUUUCAGAGGGAUUUCAAUUUGCCUUAGAAAAUGCAUUAGAAGCUUUGGAUGAAUUGAAAAAACCAGUUGAUCUAGACAAUAAAUAAUAGUUGAUUGAAUGUGUAUAAACUGCACUUUCAUCAAAAGUGGUUUCAUCCAAUAGUGCAUAAUUGGCUCCACUUGCUGUGGAUGCAGUCUUGAGAAUAGUUGACCCUCUGAAACCCAAUAAUGUUGAUCUUAAAGAUAUCAAAAUCGUUAAAAAGUUGGGAGGCACCAUUGAUGACACUAAAUUAGUUGAAGGGAUUGUAUUCUCUAACUAAAAAGCAAGUUAAACUGCAGGAGGACCUUAAAAAAUUGAAAAUGCUAAAGUAGCACUGUUGUAAUUUUGUUUAUCUGCACCAAAAACAGAUGUUGAGAACUCAAUUGCUAUCAAAGAUUAUACAGAAAUGGACAAAAUAUUAAAGGAAGAAAGAAAAUACAUUAUUGAUCUAGUAAAAAAGAUAGUGGCAUCAGGUGCAAAUGUAUUAUUGAUUCAAAAAAGCAUUUUAAGAGAUGCUGUCAAUGAUCUCUCAUUACACUUCUUAGCAAAGAAGGGAAUUAUGGUUGUGAAAGACAUUGAAAGAGAAGAUGUUGAAUUUAUAUCCAAGGUAUCCUUAUUUAUUCUUACAAUAGACCUUAUGUUUGGUACCAGUUGCACAUAUAGAUUAAUUGACUCCUGAAAAAUUAGGAACUGCUGGACUUGUUGAGACUGUUUUCUUGAAUGAUGAAAGCAAAGUUUUGAGAAUUACAGGAGUGCCUGCCUAGUCUAAAGCUUUAACAAUCUUAGUUAGAGGGUCAAACCAAUUAGUUUUAGAUGAGGCUGACAGAAGCAUUCAUGAUGCCUUAUGUGUUGUUAGAAGUCUAGUUAAAAGCAAAGGUUUGAUUCCAGGAGGAGGAGCACCUGAAAUCCACUUAUCCUUAAAAUUAACAUAAAAGGCUAAUACAUUAACAGGUGCCAGAUCUAUGUGUGUUCGAGCUUUCGCUGAAGCCCUUGAAGUGAUUCCUUAUACUCUUGCAGAAAAUGCAGGUAAUUGAUACUCUAGCUUUAGGAUUGAAUCCAAUCAAUGUAGUUACUGAGCUGAGAAAUAGACAUCUUAAAUCACAAAAGUUCGCAGGAAUAGGAAUGAAGAAAGUAAUUAUUAUUUAUUAUAAUCAUUUAGAAUAACAUAGUAGAUGAUAUUACAACUGAAUAAGUAGUCUAACCUAUUUUAGUAACAAGAAGUGCUUUGAGUUUGGCCACAGAAUGUGUGAGAAUGAUUCUAAAGAUUGAUGAUCUUGUCAUUUCAGCCCGUUGAUGUUUAACAUUAUAUUAC